CAGUAGUUCACAGCUGACUGAAGAUGGAGGUCCUGGGAAUUGUUGAUGUGCCCGCCUGCAGCUGGCUUCUGACUCUGUUAUUGUUUUGUUUGUCUGUUUACUUGUAUUCAAAAUAUAAGUUGAGCUUUUGGAGUAGACUUGGUGUCCCUCAUCCUAAACCAACAUUAUUCAAAGGCCUUAGCCCUUUGAUGAAAGAUGGUGUUGGAGAAUUUGACUUGAAAAUGCAUUCGACGUACGAUAAAGUUGUUGGGUACGUACUCUGCUGA